UGGGGCGGGGACUUCCGCCCCGAGUAUGCUGCUCUCGACGUCAUUCGAGCACUACUACCCCUCCGAGCGUCUGCGCAGUUGACGUCCGUCACCAUGCCUCCGCUGGUGCUCGUCGAAGCAGUUCAGACUCUCCGUGUAACACUAGAGAAGUCGUUCUUUCUCAACCUUGGAAACGAUCGCCCC